AUGCCACCCACAGCAGGCCGAUAUCACCAGAGCAAUCCUUCGAACCCUUUCGCACAUUAUAAUCCGCAUGCGAUACAGCAGCCCUCUCACAUACCGCAAGCGAAUCCCAGUCUACGUGCACAGAACCUCGGCGGCCACCCAGGCUUUGCGGGCGCCAAUGUGUUCGGUCCAGGAGCAGGCAAUGGAGGGUUACAAGCUCACUUUGGCGGAGGCGGAGGACUGGCAGGCGGAGGAGGUACGGGCCUAGCAAGCCAAGAGGCCCAGAUGCGAUUUGCCCAUGCGCCAGCGAUACAACAACAAGCACAUGAUGGACCGACCCCAGCAGCAGGCGCAAAGGGCAUGGGCACCAGGAUACGAGAAGUGUGGAGGAACAAUCUUGCGCAGGAGAUGCAGAUGCUGCGGAGCUUGGUGGAGAAGUACCCGUACAUCAGCAUGGAUACCGAGUUCCCCGGUGUAGUCGCCCGCCCCAUGGGCGAGUUCAACUCAAAAGCGUCCUAUCACUACCAGACCGUCCGCUGCAACGUCGACCUGCUCAAGAUCAUUCAACUCGGCAUAACCCUCUUCUCAGCCACUGGCCAGACACCCCCGGUGCGCGCCGACCCCUCAACCCUCCAAGCCUCAGGCGCCUACACCAAUAAUCUAAUAGCAUGCCCCACGACCUGGACCUUCAACUUCCAAUUCUCGCUGGAAUCAGACAUGUACAACGAAGAAUCCAUCCAACUACUCCAAAAAUCCGGCUCCGACUUUACAAAACACGCCGAAUCCGGCAUCGACCCGCUCGAAUUCGGCUCCCUGCUCCUAACUUCCGGCCUCGUGCUCAGCGACGACGUGCACUGGAUAUCCUUCCACUCCGGCUACGACUUCGCCUACCUCGUAAAACUAAUGUGGUGCCAGCCCCUCCCCAACGACGAAGACGACUACCGCGCCCUGGUCAGCACAUUUUUCCCGCAGCUCCUCGACGUCAAAUACCUCCUCCGGCAUGCGCAGAAGCUGCACCAGCGCAACGCACUAACCUCGGACGCCGCGAAAGCGGUCCUGAACGAACUCGGCACCAAAUCCGCGCUGCAGGACCUCGCCGACCACCUCGGCUGCGCGCGUGUAGGGACCCAGCACCAAGCCGGCUCCGACGCCUGGCUCACGGGAACGGUCUUCUGGCUCAUGCGCGCCAAGUUCUUCGAUGGAAACGUCCCGGAGGACCUGAACGGGCAGAUGUGGGGCCUUACGGGCGCGGUUAAUGGGACCGGUGGCGGUGGUGGGGCGUUGGGAGCCGCGUUCCAGUUUCAUGGGAGGGAGGGCGGCCCGAGUACGCCGACGACGGGGACGGCGGGGCUGGCGGGGACGCCGCAGCCGGGGAGUCAGGGGGGGCACGGUAUGGGGAGUUUGACGCCGGGAGGGAUGUUCGGGAAUUUCAGUUAUGGGAAGUGA